UGAUACGGCAUGGUGUCCCGAUCAAGUUCUUCAAUUAUGUUCAACCCCCAGUAAAGCUUUCAAUCCAGAGUGGUUCGAAUGAAGGCUUCUGUAAAUUGCUGUCUAAUAUAUAUCUUAUCAUACGCUGGAUGGCUGAUUAAAAAUGGCACCGUGGACCAUUAUGGCUAUGGGUACUGCAGUGUUCUCUAUCCGGCUUGCUCCCGAAUAUUCUAUCAAGCAAUCCUACUUUUGGACGACUGCGGCGUUAGUCGCGAUUUCAGUGUUCUGCCAGUUCAUCUACCGAUGCAUUUUAUACCCCGAAUACUUCUCUCCGUUGAGACAUAUUCCAACGCCGGAGGGGAGGUCAUGGUUUAGAGGAAACUCGACAUCAAUGGUCUUGGAAACUGAUCGAAUUCGAGAGUGGACAAAGACAAUCCCAAACAAGGGCCUAUUGCGAUACUACAUGGCAGGGAAUCUUGAAAGAAUUCUGGUUGUGGGACCCAAGGCUCUCAAUGAAAUCUUGGUUACCAAAGUGUAUGAGUUUCCGAAGCCAGAGUCGCUGAGACUAAAGCUUUUGCGCUUCACGGGGAAUGGUAUUCUUCUCGCAGAGGGUGACGAGCACAAGUUGCAACGCAGAGGCCUUCUCCCCAGUUUUUCGUAUCGCCAUAUAAAGAACCUCUAUCCAAUUUUCUGGGAGAAGGCGGUUGAAAUGGCCGACGCGAUUGAGAAGCAAAAGCCAAUUAGGUCAAAUGGUACAGUGGUCCAGAUCAGCGAUUGGGCAGGCAGAGUCACGCUAGACAUGAUCGGUCUCGCAGCUAUAGGACGGGAUUUCAACGCGGUUCACGAUCCUGCAACCGAGUUUCACCGACAGUAUGAUAAACUGAGAAUGAGGCCGUCUACCUGGACAAGGAUACUCAUCUUAAUAUCCAUGCUCACCAUCGGCUUCAAGGCGUUCUUUCGACUGCCGACAAAGUGGAACCGUGAAUCCAUGGCGGCGGCCAAUUAUAUUAGAGCGUAUGCGCGUCAGAUUGUGGAGGAUAAGAAAGAGACGUCCCAAGGAGUUGAAGAUGAUGCCCAAGAGAAAGACAUUGCAUCUCUCGCUAUGGCUAGUGGUGCUUUUUCGGACGAAAAUAUGGUUGACCAGAUGAUAACUAUGCUUGUAGCGGGCCAUGAGACAGUGGCAGCUUCACUGCAAUGGGCAGUUUAUGCACUCGGCAAGCAUGCAGAAAUGCAGACUCUGUUGCGCGAGGAAAUUCGCACGCACCUUGCCUCGUCUUCUAACAUAAUAGCAGCUCAAGUCGAUUCGCUAAGCUACCUGAAUGCCUUUUGCAACGAAGUCUUGCGAUUCUAUCCCCCGGUGCCUUCGACUGUGCGGGAAGCGAACAUCGACACAUCCCUGGCGGGGAUUUUCAUCCCCAAAGGUACUUCGCUGCUAAUCCUACCUGGAGCUACAAACCUUGAUAAAGAUCGUUGGGGAUCCGAUGCCGAAGAAUUCAGCCCUGAUCGAUGGCUUGGCGACGGUCGAGCCAAUAGCGGCGGCGCGGAUAGCAACUUGGCAAACCUGACGUUCUUGGCUGGCCCCAGGGGGUGUAUCGGACAAUCUUUUGCCAAGUCGGAACUGCUCUGCCUGGUUGCCGUGUUGGUGGGUAGGUUUAGGGUGGAGCUUGAGGAUCCUGAUAAAAAACUGGAGAUUAAUAGGUCCAUUUCGGCGACGCCAAAAGAUGGAGUUAUGGCGAGACUGAUACCUUUAGAAGGAUGGAGGGUCAAGUGACGAUGAGGGAUGCAGAUACAAAGCAGAGUGUGCAGUCAAUAUUGAAUCAAUGUAUUGAGAUCAAAUGGUUUGUGAAAAUAGUAAUAGCAGCAGGAGCGCAAUUAGCCGUAACUCUACUACAUAUUUGGAUGAACAGGGGAGAUCUGAUUGAACCUGAGCUAACAACCGGAGAAGCCAAUCUCUGGAGCCUUUCCUGACUAGGGGCGCAAUAGGCCUAGGUAGAUAAGUGGACAGCAGGUCGGAGAUAUGUGCCGAGUUAGUGUGCCUGUUGGUCAUGCAGGCUCUGAACCUCAUAUUCGACUUUCGGAAGAAAGGCAUAACUCUCUCGAUUACUUACACCUGUGCCUACCUUGCCCACCUGGGGUAAUUAAAGCAUCGUUAAUCAAGAAGGCAGCGGCACGUAAGGACCAAUGGAUUCAAUAGUACGAAG